AUGUCUCUCGCCACGCACUUCACCCUGAACACGGGAGCGAGAAUCCCCGCCACCGCCCUGCGCUCCGGCUACCGCCACAUCGACUGCGCCGCCGUCUACCGCAACGAGACGGAGGUCGGCGAGGGCAUCCGCAAAAGCGGCGUGCCGCGGUCCGACAUCUUCAUCACCGGGAAGCUGUGGAACACCAAGCACGCGCCCGAAGACGUCGAGUCCGGCGUGGAAAGGCAGACGAGAUGGGGCUUUGACAUCUUCCAGGAGCUCGGGGAGGAGGAGGUCAAGCGCGUCGCGCAAGAGACGGGGCCCGAGAACUUGAAAAAGUUCACUGUUUAG